GGAUCUGGAUCUUGUUUCCAUUAGUUAUUUAUAUAGAGAGCUGCCUCGCAAAGCAGGCAAGAGGGUGGGGGAAAAAAGAGGAGAAGAAAAGAGGAGAAAGAGAUCCAAGAAGAGAAGGGAGAAAAAGACGCGGUGUUUAAGAUCAAGACAGUUGGGUUCGAGCCAAAUCAGAACUAGAGAGUAUGGUGUCAUCAGAAUCACCCCAAUGUGUCAGGGAUAUUUCUUUGGAGCACAGAGAAGAAAGCUUUGAUGUUGAAAAUCCAUACACUCCAUUAGUAUCAUCCAUCAAAGGAAAGUUGGAUCUAUUGCCAACCUUGUCUGGUGAGUGCUGUAUUUACAGAGUUCCCAAAAAGAUUCGCGAACAAAAAGAUGCAGCCUUUACUCCGCAAGUAGUCUCUAUUGGUCCACUUCACCAUGGCAAGGGAGAUCUAAAAGUCAUGGAAGAACACAAGCAGAGAUAUCUUAAGAAAUUUCUCGCGCGACCAAAUGUAAGCAUGGAAGAUUACAUUGCAAUUGUGAAGGAAAACGAGGUCAAACUGCGCGAUUGUUAUGCAGAAACCAUUCAAAUUGGCAGUGAUGAAUUCGUGGAGAUGAUUCUGGUGGAUGCUGUCUUUAUCAUUGAACUACUGUUGAAGGAUAGGGAGUACGAGUCUCAUUCGGAUGUCGAAGAUGACCGCAUCUUCACGAAACCUUGGAUGCUUCACGAUGUUAUGGUAGACAUGCUUGUUCUUGAAAAUCAGAUCCCAUACUUCAUUCUUGAGAAAAUUUAUGAUGCUGCUAGAAUCAAAUCGUCAUCUAGCAAAGAAGAAGAAGGGCGGCUUUCCAUCAUUUCACUUUUCUAUCAUUGCUUUAAGCAAUUCUUCACGCAAGAAGACAUCUUGGACAAAUACCGUUCUUCUAAAUUUGUGCAUUUCUUGGAUUUCUUCCGAAUUGCUUAUCAGCCCACGGAUGUUCCGGUCCAAAGGAAUACAGAAUCCAGGAACAAGUUGACUGUAACCGCAUUAGAGCGGGCAGGAGUGAAGUUUCAAGCGCGGGACUCGAGCAAGAAUAAUAUGUUUGACAUCAAAUUCGAGGAUGGAAUUCUGCAAAUUCCAAAAAUUGUAAUACAAGGGGGAACAGAAGUCCUGCUGCGAAAUCUCAUUGCCUUUGAGGAAUGUAAUUGUGAUACUAGUGUCCUAGUUGAUUAUGCUACAUUCCUUGAUUCCCUCAUCGAUACCGAGAAGGAUAUAGAAAUACUUGGUCGGAAUGAAGUGUUGGAAGCUUGGUCAAGCGAUAACAUGAGAGCACUAAAUAUAUUUAACGGCCUUUCGGCUUCCUGUACUUUUGCCCCUGACAACUUCUUUUACGCUGGAGUUUGGAAGGACCUUGAUGAUUACUAUAAGGUCCCUUGGCACAAAUGGAAGGCUAUUCUACGACAAAGUUACUUCAACACACCGUGGGCCACAAUUUCUGUGAUGGCAGCUGUUGUUCUUCUCAUACUCACUGCUCUACAAAGUGUGUGGUCUAUCACUCAUCCAUAGGUGUACUUAACUUCAUGCAUUAGCAACAUCAAUUGUAAGUGUGAUGGCGAUGUUGGAGUUUAUGUAAUUAUGGAUAAUGCGUGAGAUUCUCAAAAAGUGACCCUCAAAAAAACUAUUUUUAAUGUGAAAAUGUUGAAUAUGAAGUGAGCCCUACA